AGCUGUCAACAUCGGUCUAUAAAUACUUUUUGUGUCACACUGAAGUUGGUGAGUCAGUCUCAUUGGCAGAAACUAGUGUCAGUUUACCAGCACUGGGGUGUGCUUGUCAAGUGUUUCUCUGCAUCUCAGAGGGGUGGUGUUAACAGACAUGCCUGGUUACAGCAAGUUCCACCCACUCAGGAGGUUGUCUUCAUUGCAACAAAAGUUUUUCUGGACAAGUCACAGAAGCGUCUCGGUUGGCUUCAUUCUGUUAAAAGUUGUCAAACACGGUUCUGUUCUGGUGACUCAAAGAUGGGAACUAAGUGGCUUCCCAGAAACGUGCUGUUUUUGAGUCUGCUGGCUGUUCGGGCGCACAGCUGUCCAGAUGCCUGCAGCAAGUGUUCAAAGCCAGAUAACUGUGAAUUCUGCAGACCUGGAUGGAUUCUUCAUAACAACACUUGUGUUGAUAUCGAUGAAUGUGGCACAAAGCUGGGUAAAUGUUCACAGAACAGCUACUGCUUAAAUACAGAAGGGUCCUUUCUGUGCAAAGCGUGUGACAUGUCCUGUGUGGGCUGCCUGGGCAGCGGACCAGCUCGCUGCAGGAAAUGUGCUCCAGGAUACAGACUAAUGGGGUCCAAGUGUGUAGAUGUGGAUGAAUGUAGUGACAGGGUGCUGGCCUGCCAUGGCCUGGAUGAGAUUUGCUUCAACACAGAAGGCUCUUUCCGCUGCGGCUGUGCUGAAGGAUUCACCCGAGAAAAUGGUGUUUGUGUGAAGAAGCAGCUGCCCAGUGUUCAGGAGAAAGGUCUGUUUGAGGAUCUCCAGGAUGAAGAGGUGGAGGUGCUGCAGCAGAUGUUUUUCGGGGUGGUGCUCUGUGCGCUGGCCACACUUGCAGCUAAGGGAGAUCUGGUUUACACCUCUAUGUUUAUGGGAGCUGUGGCAGCCAUGGCGGGUUACUGGCUCUCUGAGAGAGGUGAUCGGCUGAUGAACAACUUCUUCAAACAACGUUAAAACUCCACAACGGUUUUAAGAAGGUCACAUCUGACAGUAGAUAUGUGGACUGAAGUCAACAGGUGUGCAUUAAAGUAUUUUACGUUGAAAGGGAAAUAAGACGCUGCAGAGCAGAAUAAAGUCUACUGUGCUCAACUGAAGAGCUGUUUAACGUCCUAUGAAGCUGAAAAACACAACAGUAUAAAAAGACAGAGGCUUGUGUGCUAGAAGAAACAUUUUUAUGUAAAACUGUUUCAAUUGGUCAAUUUAAAUCUGGUUUACAAGCUAUUAAUCAUUUUAAAUGUAACUGUUUUUGCUUCCUUUAGGUAUUUUAUAAUUAUUGAACUCUGAGGCUGCAAGAAAAAAAGCUUCUAAUUGUGUGUUUUAUAUUUUUUACUGUGUUUAUGUGAUGCUGCCAAAAACAAACUCACUAUGAUAGCAUUAGUGUGUUUUACUGUGCGAAAACAAAAAUUUACUUAUGCAAACCUUUGUGAUAGUAAAAAGAAAAUGACCUGAAGGCUCAUGAAACUGGAUUCUCAGCAUAAAGCUGAAAAAUCAUUGUUGAAACCUUUGUGUUUCUGGAUCUCGUCAUUCUACUGCAUGGUUGUUUUUUGUGUUAUGUUAGUUAUUGGGUCAUCAAGGUAGCGCGACUCAUGUUGCGAAGGACCACAGGCACCAAUUCUUGUUGAAUUGUGUGUACUGAAACUCAGUUUCAUUUCUCUGUAUGUCUUGCACAUGUGGUAGAAGUGACAAUAAAACGACGUUGACUUUGA